CAUAUAUGACAUGUUCAAAUACUGGCAGACCGAGGCAUUGUGGCAGUGGCAGUGAAUGAGCUGAAGGCUUGCGGGCAGAAAGGAACAAGACUCCUUUAUGAACAGAACUAUCAGAGACACCCAACGACCAUCGGAGCAACCGUAACAUGGAUUCACAACUUCAGAAAGCCACAGCAAGCGGAGCCGUUCCGGAGGAACCGGCGACGUGCAGAAGGAGCGGAGCCGAAACGCCGGGAAUGUCGGCCGCGGGCACCGCGCCCCUGCUCGCACCCGCGCAGCCGCCGCCUGACGCCUCGCCCAGCCUCCACCACCACCACACCCUGCCGGCCAGCGAGUUCCGCAGCCUCGGCCUGCAGGACGCCCUCAGCGUGUUCCAGAUCGAACAGGAAGCCUUCAUCUCUGUGACGGGAGAAUGCCCGCUGCUCCUGCAUGAGGUGCAGCACUUCCUCACUGUAUGCCCUGAGCUCUCCCUGGGAUGGUUUAUGGAGGGUCGCCUGGUAGCCUUCGUCAUAGGCUCUUUGUGGGACCAGGAGAAGCUAACCACGGAGGCGAUGGUGCUGCACAAGCCCCACGGCACAGUAGUGCACAUUCACGUCCUGGCAGUGCACCAGGCCUUCCGGAAGAAGGGCAAGGGCUCUGUGCUGUUCUGGCGCUAUCUACAGUACUUACAAGGGCUGCCACAUGUGCGGAGUGCCACUCUCAUGUGCGAGGAUUUCCUGGUGCCCUACUAUCUCCGGUUCGGCUUCAAGGCGAAGGGGCCGUGCGAAAUCACCAAGGGCCCCCUGAGAUUCAUCGAGAUGGAAUGGCCCGUCGGGGAGCCGUCCAUCCCACGGCGGGACAGUGAACACUAAACAACUGGGAAAGAAGAAUUAGGCUGGUUGUCAUGGUAAUGAGGGGGCAGUUACUUGCUGAGAUGGGCUGUAAUACUGAUUUUUGAAGCUUAGUGUUUCUCUGUGUUAAGCAGACAGGCAUAAAUGCAUGCGGGACACCUCACCAUGAAAUCAAAUUAUACGCUAUAAAUUUGCAAUGUCUUGAGAGCUAUUUGUACACCCAUCUUCUUACGACUUACUCUAGUCAGGGUUGUGGGGCUAUUCAUAUGUGUACAAUAUGAUGCUGAUUACUCAUUAGAUUCUUUUUCUUAAAAAGUUUCAUGCAAACAGACUAGGAGUAAGUCACACAUACCACCCUGUCCUGGCAUACAGAACUGUUGACUUCACUAACACUGACAUAUAGCAUUUUCAUGGCGUCGCUGAAUGAUGAGCAAAUACAGUCCAUUCAUUUUAUCUGACACGUUCUGUCCAAAUCAACUUAAAGUAGAGAGCAGGGUUACAAUUCAUGCACAUCUCCUGGGAUUUGAACCAAUGAGCUUUGUAUCCCCAACACGAUACUCUGCAGGAGCUGCUACAGAAUAACCCAAAAUCAACUAUUUUGAUUCUGAAUUCCAAACUAUUCUGUUUAUCAAAGUCUACUUUAGUAGACUUUAUUGAACUAUUCUCAGUUACGUAGUACACAUGUAUCACUACUGAACUUAACCCUUGUGCACUUUUGUAAUCGUACAAAUUGGCCUAUGUUUGUAGCAGCAUAAAAGGAACUUAAAACCAGCAGUUGCAAUGUCACAUCUGGGUCUUAUAUCUAGGCAGUAUAACUGCGCUUAUCACAUAGAACCUUCUCAUUCGACAGUGGUAAUAAGGACAAAAGAUAAAUCAAAGGACUGAAGGUGCAUCUGUGUCAUACUAGCAUGCUCUAAGCACCAUCUCUGCUGUUCUAAAACCGCUGUGUAUCUGUCAGGCCCCAAAUCGCUGCCUCUGCUCUCAGGCGGAGACUAAGAAACUGAAUGGUUGUAAGUAUCCCUUUGGAGCAAAUCUGAAAAAAUAAAGAAACGGUCCUUCUCUGCUCU